GCGGCAUGGAGGGGCCGCGUUCUUGACGGCCGUGCCGCCGCCCGGGCUCUCGGCUCCUCCCGCCGCCCGCGCUCCCUCGCUCGCAUGUCCGCGCCGCCGUAGCCGAGGAUGCUGAGGAUGAAGCUGCCGCCGAAGUCGACGCACCCCAGCGAGCCGCCACCCGACGCGGAGGAGCCCGAGGCGGACGCGAGGCCGGGCGCAAAGGCGCCGCUGCGCCGCCGCCGUGAUUGCCGCCCGCCGCCGCCGCCGCCGCCCACGGGCCUGUCGCGGGGCCCCCCUCCGCCGCCGCCGUCGCUGCCGCCGCCCCGGGGGCUCGAGCCGCCUGUUGCUGACGGGCCGACGGCGGGCGCGGGCAUGCCGGGCGGCGGCGGGCACGCGGCGGCGCUGCGCGAGCAGGAGCGGGUGUACGAGUGGUUCGGGCUGGUGCUGGGCUCGGCGCAGCGCCUGGAGUUCAUGUGCGGGCUGCUGGACCUGUGCAACCCGCUGGAGCUGCGCUUUCUCGGCUCGUGCCUGGAGGACCUGGCGCGCAAGGACUACCACUACCUGCGCGACUCCGAGGCCAAGGCCAACGGCCUCUCGGACCCAGGGUCGCUGUCCGACUUCCGAGAUCCCGCCGUGCGUUCGCGCCUCGUCGUUUACCUGGCGCUGCUGGGCUCGGAGAACCGGGAGGCCGCCGGCCGCCUGCACCGCCUCCUGCCCCAGGUGGACGCGGUGCUCAGGAGCCUGCGCGCCACUGGGGCCGAGGGCUCGCGGGGCAGCGUGGAGGACGAGCCGGGUGGCGAUGGCGAGCAGGACGCGGAGAAGGACGGCCUCGGCCCGGAAGGCGGCGGCUGUGCCGAGCUGGGGACUGGAGGCGGGCUUGGCUUCAGGGCCCAGGAGGAACUGCUGCUGCUCUUCACCAUGGCUUCGCUGCACCCGGCUUUCUCCUUCCACCAGCGGGUCACCCUGAGGGAGCACCUGGAGAGGCUCCGCAGCGCGCUCCGCGUGGAGCCCGAGGACGCGGAGGUGGAGCCGUGCAACUUUGCGGGCUCCAGGGCCCAGAACAACUCUGCUUGUGGUGAUUAUAUACAGAGUAAUGAGGCUGGCUUAGAACAAGCUCAAAUACCUCAAGGUGGACUCACCGUGGCCCCUCACAGAGCUCAGCGGGAAGCUGUACACAUUGAGAAGAUAAUGUUGAAAGGAGUCCAGAGAAAGAGGGCUGACAAAUAUUGGGAGUACACUUUCAAAGUAAAUUGGUCUGACCUUUCAGUCACAACAGUAACAAAAACCUACCAAGAGCUACAGGAAUUUCUACUGAAGCUUCCAAAGGAAUUGUCUUCUGAGACUUUUGACAAGACCAUCUUAAGAGCCCUGAAUCAGGGUUCUUUAAAAAGGGAAGAGCGGCGGCACCCUGACCUGGAGCCCAUCCUAAGGCAGCUAUUUUCAACUUCAUCCCAGGCUUUUCUUCAGAGUCAGAAAGUACGCAGCUUUUUCCGGUCAAUAUCCUCGGAGUCUCAACACAGCCUCAAUAACUUACAGUCCUCUCUGAAGACUUCUAAGAUAUUAGAACACUUAAAAGAAGACAGCUCAGAAGCUUCAAGUCAAGAAGAAGAUGUGUUACAGCACACCAUAAUCCACAAGAAACACGCUGGGAAGAGCCCCGCUGGGAACAGUGUUGGUACGAGCUGUUCUCCGUUGGAUGGGCUUACCUUGCAGUAUGCAGAACAGAAUGGAACUGUGGAUUGGAGGAGCCAAGGCUGUGCCACCAUCCAGCACCCAGAGCCCACAGCCUCGGCUGACCAGCACUCUGCUGAAAAACGGAGCUUAUCUUCAGUAAAUAAGAAGAAAGGGAAGCCACAGAUAGAAAAGGAGAAAAUUAAGAAAACGGAGAACAGAUUGAGCAGUAGAAUAAAUGGUGUUAGACUCUCUGCUCCUCAGCACGCUCAUGGCAGUCCUGGGAAAGAGCUGUUGUUUUUAGAUAUGAAUUUGGACAUUGGAUCUGGACAUGACACAUGUGGAGAAACAUCUUCAGAGAGUUACAGUUCUCCGUCUAGUCCACGACAUGAUGGAAGAGAAAGUUUUGAAAGUGAAGAAGAAAAGGACAGAGAUACUGACAGCAAUUCUGAAGAUUCUGGGAGCCCAUCAGCAGCCAGGUUUACAGAUUAUGGCUCUGUCCACCAGACUGUCACUGUCAAGCCACCUGUUCAGAUUGUCUCCCUGGGGACCGAGAAUGGAAGCCUUUUAGAAGCCCCGCUGUCCUCACACAAGUAUCCACAUAUUCCCUUUAUGCCAACUCUACACUGUGUCAUGCACAAUGGUGCCCAGAAGUCAGAAGUUGUCAUUCCUUCACCCAAAUCUGCAGAUGGCAAAGCAAUAGGGAUGCUUGUUCCUAACCCUAUGGCGAUUUCUACAGUGAUGGAGCCCACAAAUUCAAGCCCUGUUGGAAUCCUGGGCCCCACAGCUUCUGGAGAAUCAGAGAAACACCUGGAAUUGUUGGCUUCCCCUUUACCUAUCCCAUCCUCCUUCCUUCCACACAGUAGUACUCCUGCUUUGCAGCUAACAUUGCAGAGACUAAAAUUGCCACCACCACAGGGAUCAUCUGAGAGUUGCGCAGUUAAUAUUCCACAACAGCCAAGCGGAAGUCUGAGCAUUGGAUCACCAAACACUGCCUUUAUUCCUGUCCAUAACCCAGGUAGUUUCCCAGGAUCUCCUGUGGCUACCACGGACCCCAUCACAAAAUCUGCAUCCCAACUGGUAGGACUAAAUCAAAUGGUGCCUCAGAUUGAGGGAAACCCAGGAACAGUCCCUCAGCCUACCAAUGUGAAGGUAGUUCUUCCAGCGGCUGGCCUCUCAGCUGCACAGCCACCAGCUUCCUACACCUUUCCAGGCUCACCCCUUGCUGCCAGUGUGCUACCCACCCAGAAUUCCAGUGUGCUCAACACAGCCACUUCUGCCCAGCCAACAAGUGCAGGCAUCAGUCAAGCCCAGUCCACAGUUCCUCCUGCUGUUCCUACCCACACCCCGGGCCCUGCCCCAAGCCCCAGCCCUGCCUUGACACACAGCACUGCUCAGAGCGAUAGCACAUCUUACAUCAAUGCUGUGGGGAACACGAACGCUAAUGGGACCCUAGUGCCACCACAGCAGAUGGGCUCAGGUCCUUGUGGUUCGUGUGGGCGAAGGUGCAGCUGUGGGACCAAUGGAAACCUUCAGCUAAGUAGUUACUAUUAUCCCAAUCCGAUGCCUGGACCAGUGUACCGAGUCCCAUCAUUCUUUACUCUGCCAUCCAUUUGCAAUGGCAGCUACCUCAACCAAGCACAUCAGAGCAAUGGGAACCAACUUCCUUUUUUUCUGCCUCAGACUCCAUAUGCAAAUGGACUGGUGCAUGACCCAGUCAUGGGGAGCCAAGCCAACUAUGGCAUGCAGCAGAUGGCAGGAUUUGGGAGAUUGUACCCUGUAUAUCCAGCACCUAAUGUAGUUGCCAACACCAGUGGUUCUGGGCCCAAGAAGAAUGGGAAUGUCUCAUGUUACAAUUGUGGUGUGAGCGGACAUUAUGCACAGGACUGUAAGCAGUCAUCCAUGGAGGCCAGUCAACAAGGCACUUACAGACUGAGAUACGCACCUCCCCUCCCCCCUUCUAAUGAUACGUUGGAUUCUGCAGACUGAACGAGUAAAGCUUGCCUACUUAAUGCAUUCAAGUGUGGGGAGUCAUGGGGUGUGGAGGGGAGGAAAGGAAAGGUAUUUUGUUUCUUUGUACAUUUCCUAAAUUUCUAUGCAGUUGAGCGUUUUCAUUUCUCUUGUACCAGUGUCCAAAAUAAGAAAGAAUGCGAUGCUCCUGAGCCUCUGGUCCCCUGGUUCCACAGCAGGCUUGUAUGAUACGUGUAACUUAAAUUUCAGACAGACUCUCGAACAAACAAUAUUGAUGUGUGCUUUUUUACACUGAAUACUUGCUGUGUGCAAUGUUUACUGAAUCUUUAGACUGUGUGUUGACCUUAUUUGUUCUCACGACACUGGUGACAGUUGUAUGGUUUGGAAAAAAGCUGUGCUGCUUGUGGCUUGCUCACUCGGACCCUGUUCCCGGCCUGCUGCGGGAGUGCUCAGCAGUGUCCUUGCCGCACUCUGUAACCUGCUCUGUGUACGAAAUGAACCAAGGGCAACGUGUUUCACCAUACGUGGAGAAGUCAGAUUCCCAAGAUGUGUAUAUAUGUCACACAAACCUCACGCAAAUACAUACACGCAGCACUUGUCCACAUAACAUGAAAACAAGUGGGAGAGAGGAAGUCAGCCUGCGAGAAGCCGAGAAUGUGACCUGGACAAACCUUGUUUCCUUGAGAGGAGAGAACUUUUCCUUCCAGCAGACUCUUGUAGCCUGUUGCUUCAGAGACACGGUGAACACACUGGUGUGAAUGCUGUUCUCUGUACGCGUGUGUCUGUGACGACAGUCAGCAGCCAGUUUACUUGUUGUCUACCACCUUGACCUGAUCAGACACUACCUGAGUGAAGAUGUCAUCUUCUGCCGCAGCAGCUGUCACAGUGUUACACCUUGUUUCCAUGUGUGUGGUUUGUCGCAGCUGAACCGAAGCUCUGGGUUUCUACAAAAGUCAGGUGUCUGUCUGCUCCCUAACCAUAAGCCAGUCACUUUCCUGACCGUUGACCACUAUGCUUGACUAUAAUGUGAGACUGAGUGUGUUGAGAUGGUCUUAAUCAUGUCAGUGUUGUGUCACUAAGUUUAAUGCUGCUGUUUUUCUGUUUUUUAACUUUUUUAAAAAGCCAAUCUAUGUACUAAAUUGCUUCCAGGUAAUUGUUUGAUUUCCUGAAGUGCACUGAGGUUAUCUGGGAGAUUGGAUGUAUCUUCAGUGACUGCUACUGUCAAGAGCAGUGAGAAAGUACCACCACAUAGUCAUAAGCUUAAAGGGUAAGAGGUUUCCAUUCCUCGGUAAAGAGGAGAAAGGAUUGGCUGGUGUAAUGGGGAAUGCAGUCGGGCUGUGGCAGAGGCACUGAAAUGUUUGGUCUGGGUUUGGAAGCCUGACAUUGUGAGACAAAGGAAAAAAAAAAAAACUUGAAGAAAAAGAAGCUAGUUCAACACUUCAGAAGUAGCAUUUAUAUUUAUAGCACCAAUGUACAUUCUGAAACUUUCAGGGGGAGGCGCUAUGGAGGCGCUAUGGGGAGAGAAGUGGGGAGUGUGACCGGGUAGAUGAAAGCUUUAAUUUAGAAAGAAAAAGUUCAAGUAAAGGAAAUUAUUUUGAUUAAAUAUAUUUUAUUUGAUCUGGGUAUUUUUGGACCACAUUAUUAACUUGUUAAGCUGCAGUUGAGUUGUUCAGGGGAGAGUAAGCCUUGUGUAGGUCGUUGUGCUCACUUGCUGGGUGUACUUUACGGGCUUGUUUUAUGGUUUCAGAUACUGUACUGUACACAGGAGGUGUGCCACCUCCUCCUCUUCAUUUGUAUGUCUACCGUAUACUUUGAUAUUUGAGAUGUGUACUGGAAAGGCCACUUAUAUUUCUAGGACAGAUUGGAUUUUAUGCAACCUUUUUCCUUGAAUUAACAGCAAUAAAAAAAAUGAAAACAGCUUAAGAAUUGUGCCUUAUUGCAAGUUUUAUAAACUUGGAAGUGAUUUUCAUGGUAAUUUGUCUUUUAAAGAAUCAGUUCCUUUCCCUCCUCACAUAGACAGUGUCUCCCAGCGUAACUUGCCGCCUGGAUGUUCCUCAGUCUUUCCCUGGUGCAGGUCAGCAGUGCAGCCUCCAAAGGAAGGGAACACUAUGUCAUGGCCAUCUUCGUAAACAGGGUGAAGCCCGUCUCCCGAGAAACUAGAUCUGCUUUAGGAUCCCCCUUAAUCACAGCACAAAGGACCCAAUUUUUCCGUUUUGUUGAUUUUUUUUCUUUUUUGUCUGUGGGAGGCACACAACUAUCAUAGCUCAGUAUUGAGUUUUUUUCUUGUUGUUUGUUCUUCUAUAAUCCAGUUUAAGUCAAAGUCUUAAAGCCAUCAGACAUUUCUAACACGUUGGAGACCAGUGUGCCCGCUGUGCUGACAAGAUUUUUCUGAAGUGCCUCUACCCCCGGUAUUCAGCGUGGGCAGGAGACUGUGAAGGGUAUUAGACUAUUGCCUGGCCACAUGUGUGUUUGGUUGUUCAUAGAGCACUAUGUUAGUUACUGUACUACUGUCAUGAUAAAACACAUGGCCAAGGCAACCUAUAGAAGAAAAACUUCUUUGAACUUAAUGAUUCCACAGAGUUAGAAUCCAUAAUGGUGGAGCCUUGAAGGUGUGGAGGCCAGAACAGGAUGUGAUGCUGAGGGCUGUCUUCAACUGCAAGCGGGAAGUAGAGCAAACUGGGAGUGGCAGGAGGCUUUGAACUCCCACAGCCUGCCUCCAGUGACGCACUUCUCCACCGAAGCCUCCCAGACUGUCACUAGUCACCAGUGCCUGAGACUGGAGGAUAUUAUCAUUCAAGCCACAACAGGCACCAGCUUCCCUCCCAGGAGGGAUGAACUUUUGCAUUAACCAGCCUCCCACUGCUCUCACCCUUCACCCACCAGUCCAUCUGCUUGUGCUCUUCUUGACCUGUCUGAAAGGGAGUCUUCUCACACAGCCCGCUGGGCCUAGCUCUGCUCAUGUGGUUUGGGGCCCAUGCUGCACUCCUGACACUCAUUUUCACACCUUGAAAUAGUCUCAAAAGGAUGAGUAUUGAUAAAUGGAUCCAUUGUUCUGUCGAUGGACAUCCCGGUGGCUUCUCUUUUUCUUUUCAACUUAAGUCAGUGAUUGAUGCCAGGAACACUGAUUUGUGCUGCCCUGGUUUGUGUGUCAGAGCUUGUCAGAGCAUCUAACUAGGCGGGCAGUCAUACCGUUACAUGCAGAUACAUUGGCUUUCCAAGAUUCUCCAUAGCUCCUUCCAAGUGAUACGCUCCUGCUGUGCACUAAGGGCUCCUGAAAUGCUAUCCUGACUGUCUCCCAAGAUGCUGUCACAGGACGUGACUCCAGAGGGGUUUUGUAGGCCUUUGGGAGAGGUGAGUUGAGCCCAGAUUCAUGACUGCAUGGGGAACAGGAAGCAUGUGACAGAAAAUUAGACAAAUGGCUGUGGUGUGGGUCAGGAAAGAAGGAGCCCAACAUUAGUGGUAAAGGGUGUUGUAACAAGGAGGGUAGGUGUGCCCACAGUAGAAUGGGGUGAGAACAGGAGUGGACUGAAGUUGGAAGUCACCAGGUUUUAAACAGGAAAAACAUUGCCUCUGGUGUCUGAGAAAACUGCUCAGUGGUUAAAGAAAGCCUGGAAGCUCAGAGUUUGGUCAGAGGGGCUAGACAUUUUACGGCUAAGUCAUUGCCGUAAAAACCAACUUAGUCCAAGGAGAAGGGAGGUAUGAAGUGAGAUGUUUUCUUUUAAACGGUGUUCAGAGGAUCAUGUGAAGAAAGAGAAGGAUCUGUGUAAUAGCACUGAGGGCCUCAGGCAGUGACUUUUCUAUCAACAGGAGGAAGAGGACCUAGAAACCUGUCGGAAGAGCUGGUUGUCUGCCCCAUGUGCCAACAAAAUUUACCUACCUUGAAGAGUUUGUCUAGUUGGAAACCUCCCAGUUAAUGGUAGAUAUGCACAGUUUUACAUAGCCAAGGUUCCAGCUUUUAAAAGACUUCAAGUUUUAAUAGCAUCUGUUACUCAAGAGCCACAUCCACUCAAGCUUGGGAGACUUCUUUACUCAGUUCUGUAUGCUUAUGACAGCAUUCUAAGGCCGAGGCAAUGAAGCACAUAGAAGCACGCUUCUACAAAAAUCCAACCCCAUAACCCUCGGGAAUUUCUUCUCAAGAUAAUGCAAAUGCGUGUACACAUACAGCACACCCAUUCAUUUUCAGAACAGUGGUUGAGACACGAGAUGGGAUAAAAUGAACUCUGACUGGAAAUGUGGACCUGCAUCUGUCUUCCUUCUCUUCGGGGAGCAAGGACAGCCACAAUGAGGAGGGUUCUGGUGUCCCCGAGGAGCUGCAGCCGUGACCAGGGGACCCUGAGUGAAGAGCUGUGCUAUUGACUUUCACUGGGAACUCGGCAGAGACAGCCGGCUGUGCUAGCCAGCCCAUCCUUUCUUGUCUGGCUUCAUUACUGGUUUGCAUAGCUUGGAUUCCUAAAGUCACUUUAACACCAGUACUUUGGUUGUUACUGUGUAUAAAUCACAGCUACUGUGCCUAUUCAUGUAGAAGUAAUUUUUUGCCAAAUCUCAGAAGUGUAUAGUUCCCCCAAUGCCACCCUAUUGAAAAUGUCACGCCUGGCUCAAGGUGUGUGGACGGACAAGUAUAUCAGCUCUUCUGUGAAGUGCUGAAUGCCCAGCACCCGGGUUCCAAAGGCCCGCCCUUUCCUCCAAGUCACAGGCCCAGCCACUGCCCAUUGUCACCAGAAGCUCUUCAUCCCCAAAUGCUGUUGCAGCGUUUGUCGUGUGGGGUGGGAGGUAGGUGGGGUAGGGGUGCAGGGGGACGGGAGGUUGAGGUAGGGUGCACUGGACUCAAGGUGCUUCAUUGGUUUUCCUCUUGGAGCUCCAAUUCAGAGCCACUGUGAAGGGGGGUCCCAGCACCACUCGCCAGGAAAAAAUACUCGUUGGAAAGCAGUGCCACCUGGUGGGAGACAAAAACAGUGCAAGCAUGUCGUUUCCUACUGACCUAAUUGGUAGAAAAUUGUAAUCGCAUCUGGCCAUAAAGUGAUUGGAGGUGGUGCCUCUGAGUGGAGUGUGUGUCAAGGCUUGGCUGGCAGUGAUGUUUCCCUCUCCAGUGCUUACUCUGUACUAGCUCUGAGAGGAGUGCCAUCUUCCUAUUUUAAGGGUUGGGAAUUGGAGCUUCAGGGACGUGAAGUGCCACAAACACAUCAGUGAUUAAGGCCGGGCCUCUACUUCAGUGUUCACCCCUGCACCAUCGCCCACCCCCACUGCAACACUGAACUGAAACAAAAUGGUAUGUAUCUGUAGGGUGCUUCCUGUAAGAGGCCCGGGCCUGGUGGUAGGCAUGCCACACAGGCCAUGUCCCAGUCAAGCCGGGUCUGUUCUCUUGUGCUGAAGGGUUGGAGGACAUGGGAUGGGGAAACAUGUCCACAAAUAGGAGCCUUAGAAUCUUGACAACCAGGCUUUAAGCAUUUGUAUUUGUAUUAAGUUGCUGCAACGGCAAGCCUUACCCAUAAGUGAAGGUUUUAAAUGUCCACGGAGCUCCACUAGCAGAGGACUGCUUAACUUUACAAAGGUUUCGAUUGUCCUGUGUGUUGUGGGAUACUUGAUCGCACUGUGAAACUCUCUGAGACUUAAUAAAUGAACCUUGGAUCGGGA